UCAGUCCACAGCUGCAGUGUGUCUGUGACAUGAAUAUGUUCAGUAUCGGUUCCUGCUGACUUGUCGACAUUUGACAGCAAAUACCACCGCUGAGUGACUCACUAUUUGAAGUCGUUUUCUUUUCUCUGUCCUGAAGAGAGACGCAUCUGAAAGCAUCUGUCCAGAGAGCCGCCGCAGGUACUGAAACAUUUAUACCAACAAGAAACCAGCCUGAACAAGCUGUCCGGGGCGUUUGACUUUUAAUUUAUGUGACAGCAGCUGAGAACAUCCUGCUACACCCGCUGGCAUCCUCAUAUUUAUACCGUUUUGUAUUUUUGGAUCACCGACAACAGAUUCACUGAACGUCUCUAUCUUUCAUCAUUCAGAGACAUUUCUGUCCUCGACAGGUUUCCAACGCAGAAACAUCACACCCUCCAGCCCUGCUCAUGGCAAAGAUGAGCUGGGCUGCCGGUACACAGUGUGUGGCCAAGGGGGGCCACAGGAAACCAAAACCUGGAGAACUGUCUUACCACAAAGGAGACAUCCUCACUAUUAUUGACACCAGCACGAAGAAGGGAUAUUACAAGGCCAAACACAACACCACAGGAGAGGAGGGACUCAUAAACUCCACCAAUGUGCGUGAAAGAGAGGCUCUGCGUGUCGACCCCAGCCUCAGCCUCAUGCCGUGGUUUCAUGGGAAGAUCUCAGGUCCGGAGGCGGUGUGUAAGCUGCAGCCAGCCGAGGACGGCCUGUUCCUGGUUCGAGAGUCCAUCCGCCAUCCCGGCGACUACGUCCUGUGUAUCAGUAUCUCCGGAGAGGUCAUCCACUACAGGGUGAUUUAUAAGGACAACAAGCUGACCAUUGACAACACAGAUUAUUUCUACAACCUCAUCGACAUGAUAGAGUUCUACUCAAAGAACAAAGGCUCCAUCGCUACAACUCUUCUGAAGCCCAAACAGAAACAAGGAGCCAAGUCAGCUGAGCUGGAGUUGUCUAAAACUGGGUGGCUGCUGGACAUCGCAAAGCUCAAACUGGGAGAAAGUAUUGGAGAGGGAGAGUUUGGUGCUGUUUAUGAAGGAGAGUAUAUGGGCCAGAGGGUGGCAGUAAAGACCAUCAAAUGUGAUGUCACCGCUCAGGCCUUCCUGCAGGAGACCACCGUCAUGACGAAGCUCCAGCAUAAAAACCUGGUGCGACUGUUGGGGGUCAUUCUUCACAAAGGGCUUCAUAUUGUCACAGAGCUCAUGACGAAGGGAAACCUUGUCAACUUUCUGAGGACAAGAGGACGUUCAGUUUUAAACUCAGUUCAGCUGCUUCGCUUUGCUCUUGAUGUGUGUGAGGGGAUGGAGUACCUGGAAUCCAAGAAGUUGGUUCACAGAGAUCUGGCAGCUCGUAACGUGCUGGUCUCUGACGACAGCGUGGCCAAGGUCAGCGACUUCGGCCUGACCAAGGUGGACUCAAAGGUGUCAGAUAACGCCAAACUGCCGGUCAAAUGGACCGCCCCCGAGGCUCUGAAGAAAGAGAAAUUCUCCACAAAGUCAGACGUUUGGAGCUACGGUGUUCUUCUAUGGGAGAUCUUCUCUUACGGUCGUCAGCCUUACCCUAAGAUGUCUCUGAAGGAGGUGAAGGAGAAGGUGGAGGGGGGCUAUUGCAUGGAGGCUCCAGAGGACUGUCCGCCCGGUGUUUACUCCCUGAUGAGGAUAUGCUGGGAGCAGGAGCCACGCAGAAGACCGGCUUUCAACAAGUUGAGAGAGAAACUCGAGCGAGAGAUGGGUAAAUGCAGCCCGAGCCCACGGUCCGAGCAUCGGGAUGGAUCUGGAUGCUGAUCUUGACUGUAAAUCUUGAACUCAAAAUAAUGAGGCUGGAGUUGUGGCGAUGGACAGGUAAUACACACACUGUUACCCGCUCCUGUGUUGGUGUGCGUCACACAAAAUGGUUCAGUGGAGUUCUUACUGGAUUCUUUUAACCUAACGGAUGGGACAAGACAGUCAUAAUGUACCACUGGUUCUCAUGUGAUGCCGAUGAGAGAGGGUUUUGUGGUUGGAGCCAUGAAUAUACAAAACUUUGCUUUAGUGUAUCUGAGCAAAGCAAAAUGGAUGUAUCAGACCGUGCAGCAUGGCUCUAUGGAUGGCAGCGUGGGUGUGUUGGUUGCACCACUGCUUUGGAUCCUUGGCGUGAAACGUUGUACAGACAUUCCUAGUCCCCAGAGGACUUUGACUUUUCCUCUAGCACCACCAACAGGUUGACAAGCACAGUCUCUAACACUCCCCUCCAGCCAGCUGAGACGAAACGGAGCAUUUCUGACAUUCCCCAGACUGUGAAAAAAAAGAAGUGGACUUAGCUGCUGUGACAUCACCAGUUGGUUUUUGGACUACCGCUUUGAAGCUUCGAGUUUGGCAUUUUGGCCUUUGCCAUCUUGGUGGAAUAGAGGGCAAGCUGGGGAGGAUACACAUUGCUACGACUCUGUCCUAACUGACAGGUUGCUGUGGUAGCCACUUGUCAAUCACAAAGUCACCAUGCAUGAGACUGCAUACCCUGCUUUACCAUCCUUUUUACUCUAAAUGGGACCAACAUUUACAAGAUGAGCACCGAGUUCCACUGAAGAGGACUUGAAACUAGCAAUUGAGACCAAAAAUUUGUUGGGCAAAUGUUUACAGAGGUAGUAAAUCAAGUGAGAAUUAGCGUCAUUUUCUCAUAGACUUCAAUAAAUUCACUCACAAUGGUUGUUAACAAUAACUUCUGGGUUGAAAACCCCUGCAUCACAUACAUAAUGUCAAAUGAAGCUGAGCUAACACCAACCCCAUUGGUUAGUUUAAGCAACCUAAAAGGAGGCCCACCAAAAAAACAAAAAAAACAAAACAAAAAACCAUCAGUUCGAGUGCAUGCUUAACCUGAGUGUCAGACUGAAGCUCCCAGAACCUUCAGUCUGACAUCGCCUCCAUUGAAGGCGAUUUACAAGGGGGAGGGAAUUUGAUUUUUCCCUAACCAAUCAGUAGAGAUCAACGACUCACCCAGAAUCUGAAGUCAUUAGUAUCCAUGCCUCGGGGGUGCCGAAAACAAGCGAGCAUUGCCCGUUUAAAAUGUCUCCGUCGUUGUGCAUGCCCAGCUGCAUCGCCGUUAAAUCCAGUUUAGCAGCUUCCUUAAUUUGGU